GCGGGUCGGGCCCGGGUCGGCGGGCGGGGCCGGCGGGGGCCGGGGCCAGGGCCGGGAGCGUUUCGGGGCCGGCGGGGGCCGGGGCCGUGCCGGGCCAUGGCGAGCUCGGAGCGGAGCGCGCUGCUCACCUACCGCCUGUGCGGCGGCUCCGGCGAGGAGGAGCGGGGCCGGGAGCGCCCCCGCGGCCGGGCCGCCGCCGCCGCCGUCGCCCCCCGCAAGCUGCCCACCUUCCUGGGCGUCGUGGUGCCCACCCUGCUCUCCAUGUUCAGCGUCGUCCUCUUCCUGCGACUCGGGUUUGUGGUGGGCCAUGCUGGGUUGUACCAAGCCCUGGCCAUGUUUGCGGUGGCGUACUUCAUCAUCGGCAUGACAGUGCUGUCUGUGUGUGCCAUUGCUACCAACGGGGCGCUGGAUGCCGGAGGAGCCUACUAUAUGAUCAGCCGUGCCCUGGGCCCGGAGUUUGGGGGCAGCAUUGGGAUCAUGUUUUUCCUGGCCAACGUGUGUGGCAGUGCCCUCUACGUGCUGGGGCUGGUGGAGGCGGUGGUGGACAGCUUUGGGAUCCCGCCUGGGCAAAAAGCGGGCACAGGUGUCCAUGUCCUGCCUCAGAGCUACUGGUAUGAGCUGCUCUACGGCACUGUGCUGCUGGCUCUCUGCCUCGUCGUGUGCCUUGUGGGUGCCUCCAUCUACGCCAAGGCCACCUUCCUCAUCUUCCUCAUCGUCGCAGGCGUCCUGGGCACCAUCCUCGUCAGCUUCUUUGCCACGCGGCCCCUUGGGGUGCCCAUUCGCCUGCCCCACUUCAAUGGCUCCGAGAUCGAGAACGGCUCCUUCACUGGCUUCUCUCUUGCCACCCUGCGAGACAACCUGGGCGGUGGGUACGCGGUGGACUACACCACCGGGCAGAUGAUGAGCUUCAGCUCUGUUUUUGCGGUGAUGUUCAACGGCUGCACCGGCAUCAUGGCAGGCUCCAACAUGUCAGGGGACCUGAAGCGCCCAAGCUACUCCAUCCCACGGGGCACCAUCUCUGCUGUGCUCUUCACCUACCUCGUCUACAACCUGCUGGCUUUCCUCAUGUGUGCCACCUGCAACAGGACCCUCCUGCAGAAAGACUACGGCUUCCUGCGUGACAUCAGUAUCUUCCCACCCCUGGUCACUGUGGGCAUCUACGCUGCCACUCUCUCCGCGGCCAUGAGCAACCUCAUUGGGGCAUCCCGCAUCCUCUACGCCCUGGCCCGGGAUGAUCUCUUUGGCCGGGCACUGGCGCUGGCCAAGAAGACGUCUGCGAGCGGGAACCCCGUGAUGGCAGUGAUCCUCUCCUGGCUGGUGGUACAGCUGGUGCUCUUCUCUGGGAAGCUCAACACCAUUGCGGGGGUCGUGACCACCUUCUUCCUCCUGGUUUAUGCCACCGUCAACCUGGCCUGCCUGGCACUGGAGUGGGCAUCAGCCCCCAACUUCAGGCCCACCUUCCGGUACUUCACCUGGCACACGUGCCUGCUGGGCAUCGCGGGCUGCUGCGUCAUGAUGUUCCUCAUCAGCCCUGUGUCGGCCUCAGCGAGCCUGGGCUUCCUCCUCCUCCUCCUCCUCGCUCUCCACUACCUCUCACCCAGUAGCACCUGGGGCUACAUCAGCCAGGCCCUCAUCUUCCACCAGGUGCGGAAAUACCUGCUGAUGCUGGAUGUGAGGAAGGACCACGUCAAGUUCUGGCGCCCGCAGAUGCUGCUGAUGGUGCAGAACCCACGGAGCAGUGCCCGCCUCAUUGACUUUGUCAACGACCUCAAGAAGAGCGGACUCUAUGUUCUGGGCCAUGUUGAAUUGCAGGACUUAGACACGCUGCCCUCGGACCCGCUGCAGCCCCAGCAGGACUCGUGGCUGAGCUUGGUGGACAAGCUGAACGUCAAGGCCUUCGUCAGCCUCACCCUCGCGCCCUCGGUGCGGCAUGGUGUCCGGCAGCUCCUCUUCACCUCUGGCCUUGGUGGGAUGCGCCCCAACACCCUGGUGCUGGGCUUCUACGACGACGCAGCACCGCAGGACGGUCUAGCCCGGCACCCUGCCUUCAGCAGCACCCGUGAGGAGGUCCCCCUGGGCUUCCCCGCUCUACGAGCGCCCGCCGCCCCCAAACUGCUGUCAGCCCGGGAGUAUGUGGGCAUAGUGGCUGAUGCCCUGAAGAUGCUUCGCAAUGUCCUGCUGGCCCGGCAGCUGGAGAGCCUGGAUAAGGCCUGGGAGCUGCGGCGGGCCGCCAGCCCCCCGCCCACCAUCCACGUCUGGCCCGUCAACCUUCUGCGGCCCGACAGCGCCCGCUACGCCGACACCUGCAGCCUCUUCCUGCUGCAGAUGGCCUGCGUCCUCAACAUGGCGCGGGCCUGGCGCCGGGCCCGCCUGCGCCUCUUCCUCUGCGUGGAGGCGGGCACCAUGCCCCAUGCCCAGGAGGAGAAGCUGCGCCAGCUCCUCAAGGACUUGCGCAUCCAGGCCCAGAUCCAGCUGGUGCCCUGGGACGCCGUCACCCGCCUGCACUGGCAAACCCACCAGGGACCCCCGGGGGGGCCGGCACCCGCCGGGGAGGCAGCGGAGGAGGAGGAGGAGGAAGAGGCGGUGAACUUCCCAGCCAAUGCCACCCAAGUGUCGGAUGAGUACGUCUGUGCCGCCAACAAACUCGUCCUGGAGCAGAGCCCCGCGCCGGCUGUGCGUUUCCUCUAUCUGCCGCGGCCGCCGGCCGACACCAGCCUCUACCCGCUCUACCUGCACCAGCUGGAGCUUCUCACCCGCGGGCUGGGCCCCACCGUGCUGGUGCACGGGGUGAGUGCCGUCACCAGCACCCAGCUCUAGGUCACUCCUCCAUGUCACCGCCCGGCUCCCUGCACCCUCCGUUGCCCAGUGCCUUUAGCAGCCUGAGCCUGGGGAUGGCCCCAGCCCUGGUGGCCCCAGCCCGGUGGUCAGGGAGGGGUCGGUGCCCCACGCUGGGAGGUGGGUGCAAGAGGGGGGUGUUUUUUCUGGGGGGUGGGUGUCUCUUGCACAGGCUUAGAGCUGCCCUGGCAGGACCCGGGCACAGCCCUGGCACCGGCUGGGCAGCACGGUGCAUUCACGGUGCCUUUUCUUUGGGGGGGGGGUGGGGGAUAGCAGGGUCCCAGUGGGGGACCAAGCCCUAGUUGGCUACUGGGAGAGCCCUAGUUGGCUACUAGGAGUCCCUUUGUUGCACCCCUCCUGUGCUACCCCCAGCCCGCAGCCCCCAGCCUCUCCUCCGCUGGCUCCUCCGGGCACCCAGCCAGCAGCGGGGAUUGAUUAAAGGCAGCCUCGACCUUGAUGCCCCGGCUCCCCGCCAUCCUCCCUGCCUUUCAUUAGGAAAAAUUAAAUGGGAAGGGGUGGGGGAGGGGAGGCUGGAUGCCUGGGUUCCCUGCAUGAGGCUGGGGAUGGGGGGAGCUGGCCCUAAUGGCUGCAGGGUAUGGCACCCCAGACCUUCCUCGGCACCCCCGGUGCUGCUGGGUGGGGACACCCAUGUGCUUUAACCUGUAGGCCCCCCUCCCCCGGUGGUCUGACUCCCUGGUCCUGCCAGGGAGGGGGGAAAUGAUACUGCCGGGGGGGGGGUGGGGGUGGCCUUGACCAGACACCUGGGUCCCCUGGCUUUGCUCUGGGGCCUGUCUCGUGGGGCAUUGCCACCUCCCCACACCCAUCGUGACCUGCAUGGGGGAGAUGGCAUUUCCCCCUUCCCUCCCCCCUCAUUGAUUAGGGGAGGGCAGGAAAUUGGCUGGGUGCUGGGUGAUAAAUCCAUUGGGUGCCUGGCAGGUGGGCAGCAUGCCCAGGCGCUGCCUGAUGGAUUGCUUCCUAUUAGCCCCGGUGCAGAGGUGGGGGGCUGCUCCGGGCCAGGCUGGGCUCUGGUGUGGGGGGACAAGUGUGGCACUGCCGCCUGUGCCUGUUCUCGCCAAGCCUGGCAAUGCCAGCUGGCAGCUCUGCUUGGCCGGAGGGCUGUGGGGGGUGGGGGGAAAAUGGAGAGGGGGGCCUUGCUCCCCACCUUUUGCAGCAGGUCAUGUCCAAAUUUGUGCCUAAAUUCCCACCCAGUGUGGGGGGCAGGGGGCUGGGGCUGGCUUUGCUCCCCGCCGCGGGAGGUGGGUGCCCUGGGUUGGGCACUGUGUGGCCCACGGGGUUUAUUUACAAACAGGCGGGAGCUGGCACAGGGCAGCAGGGCACCAGCGGGACCCGGCGGCCUAUAAUGUUAAUUAUCACCACGUAAUUAAAAGCCCAUAAAAAGCCUCACACUUCAUUAAAUUAAAGCUUCCCCGCACCGUGCCGAUGGGCUCCGGCAGAGUUAACCUUGGCCGUGCCAGGCACCAGCUCCAUGGCAGCUGGGGACCCGUGGCCAGGGGUGUACGGGACCCGCAAGCGGGGGUGUACAGCCUGCCAUGGCGCUGGGGUGGGGGUGCAACACUGCACAGGCACCCCCCAACACUAUUCAUCACCCCUGGGCCACAUGUGACUGGGAGCACACCUGGCUGCAGGCACAGUGUGGCACGUGCAGAGAUGCUGUCCCAGUCAGAGAUGCCCCUGGGGCAUCACCUGGACCCACGUGCCCAUGCCACUCCUGCAGACACGCCGUCACACGCAGUGGGACGCGGGCAGGGGGUUCUGUCACGGGCAUACAGGUGCACACCGAGAUGUGCCCAUGGAGCAUGCACCGCCGCUGCAAAGGCAGCAUUGCACACCGUCACGGCAGCUCUGGCAUGCCGGCUCCGGCGCACAACGCCCACACCACACACACCUACACAAACAACAUUUCUUCCGCGCUCCUGACAUACAGCCCCACACCCUGCAGCUUCUCCGAGCUCCUGCCCAUCGCUGCCAGUGCCUGAGAGGUGAUGGGCUGGGGGGAGAGCACCCAUCUGUGCCUCCCCCCUCCGUGCCUCAGUUUCCCCAAGGGCAGUGCUGUGCUGAGGGGGAGGAAAGGGGUGCAUGGGGGGCCUCCAAACCCUCCUGGGGGCUUUGUGCCCUGGGUUAGGGAUGCUGCACUGAAGCCUAGGGGGACAUAAAGUGGGGGACACCCGCCCCCAGCACAGAAGGAGGGGCAUGAUGCACCGGUGCAGGGAGUGUGUAUGUGUUAUGGGGGCGUAUGCAU